AUGGUGACCCUCAGCUCACCAGGCCCUCCGGCACCGAGUCGAAGCGCCCUUCGCUGUUCCGCUGCUUUUCGUCGUUUUUUCCUGCGGUCUUUUCGCUCCCGCCGCCCCAGUUCUUCGAAUCCUCUUCCUGCGUCUCCCCGCUUUGAGAACUCUCUGCCUUCUGCGCCAUUUCUCUCCCUUCUGUCGUCUUCGCCGCUCACUCGUCCUGUCUGCCACGCGCAACGGCAGGGAAGAAGAGCGGAAGAAAGAGCAGGUCACGAGUCGGCCGCCACAAACUCGUUUUCUACGCUGCCGUCUUCACCUCUCGCGCGCCCACGGAGUCGCUCUCACACGCUGUCAGCCUUCUUUCUGUUCCCUUCGUCUUCCGUGUCUUGCGUCCCAACUGGUUCGUCCGCUUCUCCGCUCGGUCAAUCUUCGCUGCUCUCUCCGUCCAGUUCGCCUGCUUCUCUCUGCUCCUUCGUGCUCGGAAGGAGGAACUGGUCUUUGUCGCCAGCGACUGGCCUGGGCGCGGCUCUCGCGCGCAAGCCGGCUGUACGGACAGCUGACCUCGCUUCAGGUGUCUUGCCGCUGGAGAGCAGCCGUUUUCUGGAGCAGACCGCGGGGAUUUCUUCCCGUUUUUCCUCCGCAUCCGAGACGAAGCGUCGUUUGACAGCCUCUGCGUCGGCCUUCGCUUCUCGUUUUUCUUCUUAUGCGCAGGCGGAUGGGGAGGCGCAGCGGAGGGCGACCAGCCACGUCCCCGAGUUUGCGCAGGUCUUCUCUGCCUCCCAGGCUCACGCGUUUCGAGACUUCUCGCCGUCGACGCUCGGCGCUGCCUCGCCUCCAGCCUCACCUCCAGCCUCCCCUCCCUCCCCGCCGCGAGCAAAUGAAGGUCAACCUGGCGCCGCUGACUUGUCGGACGCCACGAGCGAAGGGAGGGAAGGCUCUCCUCCGGCGGUCGCUCUCGAGACGUCGCCGACAGGCUUCGCGGAAGAGGGAACACGCGAAGGCGUCUCGAGUCUCUCUCGCGCGCGUCGAAGACCGGCGACAGGGAGAGGCAAGGCGAUGCCUCUCUUAACCGUCACCGCUGCCGCUUCGAAGAGAAUCCGAGACAUUGUCGACGCAUACAACGAACAAGUUCAGCGCGAGACCUCUGUCGCACGACGAAACGAACCGCGCGAGGGAGAAGAAGGCGGAGAAGAAGAGGGAGAAGAGGACGGUGUCGAGACACCUGAAAAGGCGCGCGCCAUCGGCAUUCGCAUCGGACUGGAAAAGCGAGGAUGCAGCGGCUUGUCCUACACCGUGGACGUUGCCAUACAGUCGAAUGCGUCUUCCUCCGCUGCUUCUGGAAAACAACCUUGGGCUGCAGACGAGUUGAUCGAGACGGCAGGCGGGAGGCUCGUGGUUGCGAGCGAUGCAGUGAUGUUUCUCGUCGGAACAGAAGUCGACUUUGUCGACACGGAACUCGAAAGGAAGUUCGUUUUCAAGAACCCCAAUGAAAAGCAGUCCUGUGGAUGCGGAAAAAGCUUCAUGGCUUAAGGGAUGCCUCACCUGCGUCUCUGCACCGCGCGGCGCCUUUCUUCUAAACAUGUAUGGAGGACGCGAAGAGACGCCGUCUGCAGGGGUGUGCACAUGUAUUCCCCGAAAGUCCUCGAUUCAUCUCUCUGUCUCUCGAUCUGCUUUUAUCUGUCUACAUAUAUGUUUUCCUUUG